GUGGGUGUGUGGGUGUCUCUGCAGCCAUCGAAAUUGGAACCCCACCUGCUUCUUUCCUAUUGCCUCCGGUACGUCUUCUUUCUAAAAGAGGUCAGAAGAGCUUCCACCGAGUCAACACGGUAAACCUAUCGCAAAAGAGUUCUCUUAGACAAGGUUCCAACAAAAUAUAAAAUAAAGAGAGCGAGAGAGAAAAAAAAACUUUUUCUUUCCUUUGUUCGUUUUUUCCUUUUUCCCCCACCCCCUCACCUCUACACACCUCUACACAUACCACAACGCAAUGCUCUCGAGAUUCCAAACUCGUGCUUCCACAUCGCUUGCUUCCAUGGCAACCCGUCCUGCAAGCAAGCGUUUCUACGCUGCUGCUGCCGCUGCCGGUGAAGAAAAGCUCAAGAAGACUGCAUUGUAUGAUUACCACGUGCAACAGGGCGGCAAGAUGGUCCCAUUUGCUGGUUACUAUAUGCCUGUCCAAUACAAGAACAUGGGCAUGUUGGCCUCACACUUGCAUACCCGUGAAAAGGCCUCCAUCUUUGACGUCUCUCACAUGCUCCAGACUCGCGUUGUUGGUAACGACCGCAAAAAGUUCUUUGAAACGCUGGUUGUGGCUGAUCUGCACGAGAUGCCCGUGGGUCAAGGCUCCUUGUCUGUCUUUACGAACGAGCAGGGUGGUAUCAUUGAUGACACCAUCAUCAUGCAACAAGACAAGUGUCUGUACGUUGUGUCGAAUGCCGCAUGUGCUGACAAGGACUUGGCCCAUAUCCGCAAGCAUCUUGCUGACUUUCAAAACAAGGGUGGUGAUGUGGAUCUUCAAAUCAUUGACGAUCACUCGUUGAUUGCUAUCCAGGGCCCUAGCGCUGCUGCUGCUUUGGAACAGUUGGUCGGUAAGAGCCUGAAUGAUUUCGGCUUCAUGAACGGCCGCUUCAUGGAUGUCGCUGGUAUUCCUUGCCACAUUGCUCGUUCCGGCUAUACUGGUGAAGAUGGUUUUGAGCUGUCCAUCCCUACCUCAGAAGCUGUUUCCAUUACCCAAAAGUUGAUGGCCAACCCCGACGUUGAAUUGGCCGGUCUUGGUGCCCGUGACAGUCUGCGUCUUGAAGCUGGUUUGUGUCUCUACGGCAACGAUUUGGAUCACACCACAACUCCCAUUGAAGCCGGUUUGACCUGGACGAUCCCCAAGUCGCGUCGUGAGACCGGUGGUUUCUUGGGCGCCGAAAAGAUCCUUUCGCAGAUCAAGGAUAAGAAGAGUAUCCAGCGCCGUCGUGUUGGCUUGAUCGUCAAUGGUGCUCCUGCCCGUGAGGGUGCUGAGAUUCUGGACAAGGAAGGUCAGGUCAUUGGUAAGAUCACCUCGGGCUGCCCCUCGCCUUGCUUGAAGAAGAACAUUGCCAUGGGCUAUGUCAAGAGCGGUCAGCACAAGCGUGGCACUGAAUUGAGCGUCAAGGUCCGAAACAAGAUCCAGGAUGCCGUCAUCACCAAGAUGCCUUUUGUCGAGGCUAACUACCACAAAUAAGUUACUGCCAUCACAACUUUUUCGCAACACAUCAUCCUCUUCAUCAUUCUCAAUCAUAUACGCUACCCCUUCGUUCUUUUCCCACUACUUGUCAUGUAUAAAAUUCCUGUUGAUUUUUCUUUUUUAAUGUCAUAUACAUAAACAAAUGUUCUGUGCUUGCUUCGUCACGACUUGUGACAAGUCCAUAAUACAAUUGCUUUACACGUCACUUGGUAUACAAUCAAGCAGAAAUUACAAGCGAUAAAAAGAAUGGU